UCCAUACUUAUAGCCAUCAUCAUAAGCCCAUGUUCCGACUCAACUCAAUCCAACCUUUGCAGAACUUCUUGUGGUGGCAUUCCCAUCGAAUACCCUUUUGGCAUUGACGAUGGUUGUGGAAGUCCAUAUUACCGAUACAUUCUGGCAUGUUCUGACUCAGGAAAGCUUGAAGUCAGAACCCCUUCGGGGAGAUACCCAGUUCAUAACGUUAGCUAUGCUGAUCCACACAUUCUAGUCACUGAUCCAUUCAUGUGGAACUGUGAAGAUGGCGAGAAUUAUCGUCCCACAAGGCCAUUCAGUUUAGAUACCAGCACACGCUUCAAACUUUCCCCUCAAAAUGAGUACAUCUUCUUCAAUUGCAGUGAGGAUCAUGUGAUCGUUAAGCCAAAGCCCAUCUUCUGUGAGCGCUUCCCCGAACACUGUGAUUCAUCAUGUGACAGUGGUAGCUAUUUGUGCAGGCACAUGCCAGGGUGUUCCUUUGCUAUGAGUGGUAGCUCUUGCUGCUCUUACUAUCCAAAAGCCACUGAAUCGUUGAGGUUGAUGCUCAAGUAUUGCACAAGUUAUACAAGUGUUUAUUGGAAAAACAUUGGUGCUCCUCAGCCUUAUGAUCAAGUCCCUGAAUAUGGGAUCAGAAUUGAUUUUGAUAUCCCCGUAACUACACGCUGCCUUCAGUGCCAGGAUCCCUCCAAAGGAGGUGGAACUUGUGGAUUUGACACCCAUACUCAGAGUUUCAUUUGCCUGUGCAAGGAAGGAAAUUUCACUACCCAUUGUAAAGAUUAUAAUACUGCACAGCACAAGAAGAGGGUCCAUGUAAUUGCAGGGACAGUUACUGCUAUUUCGGCUGCAGGGGCAUUUGGAAUUGGAGCUGGUAUUUGUUACUUGAAGAAAGUGAGAACUAAAGCACCCGUAACAUGCGGGGUUCAAAGCAACGAUAACAGAUUUUUCUGA